AAAAAAUAACGUUAAUCAAAAUUUUCUCGGAUAAACAAUAGUCAAAAAAGUUGGUCCAGAAGGUGGCUUAAGUUAGGAAGGAAUACUAGGCUUCUUUCAGUAUACAAGCGCACAUAGUCUUAAAAAUACAACCAUGGAUGACUAUGACUAUCAGCUAAUGCAAGAUUUUAUGUUAUUCUUGGAUCUUUGCAAAAAUCCCGAUUGUGUUUUCGAGAGAGGCUCGCCACAUAUUACCGUCACACGACUUUGGUUAGAAAAACUUUGUCGUUACGAGUGCGAAAACAUGGACGAUCGUCGAAUGCGCAAUGUAUACAUGAGUCAUCUUGUAGCAUGUCUGAACGGAAAGAAGCUUUUAGGUCCAUUCCUGCUUAAGCCACCAGAUGGCAAACUUGAAGAGACAGACUUUACUAAGGAUCAUUGUGCUCCACCUGAAGUUCAAGGCAAUGCAGCAGGUGCAGCAGUACCAUGUUGCCCAAAACCUAGAUGUCCACCGCGCAAUCGUAACAAUACAUGCGGUUUUAUGACACAACAUAUUGUGACACCCAACUCAUUAUUCGACGACACUGGAAGACUUAUAGACACUAAAGGAUUUGGAGCUAAAGGAAAAGAUGCUUUAAGUGACAAAUGCGGUUCUAACAUAACUGAAUUGUUGUCCGCCAUUUCUUCAGAGUUACAAGGAUUGACGCAACCGGACUCAAACAAAUACCUUGAAGCAGAACUGAAACGUUAUGAUGAAUAUAUGCGGUCUAAUAGUAAGAUUCCAGUGAAGGGAUAUACUGAAGCACAAUCAAGAACUUAUCUUCUGAUGCAAUUAAGAAAAGAUUUGUCGAUGAUGGUAAACAAGGAUCAGUAAGAAAAUCGAAACAUUUUGGUUUAUUUAGCGCCAAAAUUGCUACCAUUAUUGGUUACAAAAAGGUUUAAACAGACUCUGUCUCUUGUAUUUAAAAUUUUAUAUAAGCAAUGUAUUUAGUUCUACAACGAUUUGCUCACAAUAAACGCCCGUUGACAACUUUAA